AUGCAAACCCGGGAAGCUACUCACGCUGGCUCGUGGUAUUCUGGCAGUCAAUCCACUCUUGCCCGCCAACUCGACCAAUGGCUAGCGCAAGCUCCGGGGGAGCUUGAGAAUAUUGGCUCUUUACCCGUGCCUGGUGCCCGAAUUAUCAUUGCUCCGCAUGCGGGCUAUGCGUACUCCGGACCCUGUGCCGCUCACGCGUACAAGGCCUGGGAUUUGUCGAAAGCGAAGCGUAUUUUCAUUCUGGGACCAUCCCACCACCACUAUCUCCCGACACUGGCUCUGCCAGAACUCACCUCGUACUCUACCCCGCUCUCCGACGACCCUCUGCCGCUGGACAUGGAGGUUAUCGCUAAGCUCCGCUCGACCAAAGCAAAAAAGCCAAGCGGGACGUCGGUUAGCUUCACGACGAUGUCUAGAUCCGUUGACGAGGAUGAACAUAGCAUAGAGCUUCAUUUGCCGUACAUCCACCGUCUUUUGCAGCUGUACCACCCUGAUAAACCCACAUCUGAAUACCCGCCACUGGUGCCGAUCAUGGUAGGAAGCGCAUCUGCUUCCACCGAGAGCGCCUUCGGAGCUUUACUGGCGCCAUACCUUGAGGACCCCGAGAACGCGUUUGUCAUUAGCUCCGACUUCUGCCAUUGGGGCCUCCGCUUCCAUUAUACAUACUACGUUCCCCAAGCCCCCAAGCCGGGCCCCGAACUUCCCCUCUCCGCCGGUGCCCUGCCCCAGCCUGGUGGCGAGAUCAGCGAUGUCGAGGCCAAGAUGGACAUGGUGUCUGCCGGGAACUCCUUGCAGCGUCGGGAACGCGUCGAUGACGGUGCGCCCGCCAUCCAUGAGAGUAUCUCGGCGUUCGAUAUCGCCACCAUGGCGGCCAUCACGACGGGCUCGGCUGCAACCUUCCUGGACACCAUCCAGACCACGGGAAAUACAGUUUGCGGGCGCCAUCCUAUCGGCGUUAUCAUGGCUGCCAUUGAACAUAUUGAGCGUCCGAAUGAGGGAAAGACCGGGAAGUUCCAUUUUGUUAGAUACGAGAGAAGCUCGGAUGUGGUUGAUGUUAACGAUAGUUCUGUGAGCUAUGUUUCCGCGUUUGCUGUACUGUGA